AUGUCGUACUCGACGCAUCACAAAGCCGCUCGAAAAGGCCGCCUAGAGGGCUCUGGUCGAUGGCUCCUCGACGACACAUCGUUCCAGUCUUGGCGCAGCGAAAGUACAUCAUCCGUUCUCUGGCUCCAUGGGAUCCCGGGGUCGGGAAAAACGAAGCUCACGUCUCUAGUCGUUGACGAGCUCACCGGCUCCGAGAACCUUGCCUACUUCUACUGCAUGCGCAAUCCAGCCGAACCGUUACCCGGCCAAUGCGAUGCCAUUGACGCUCUCGACGGCAUAGCGGGGUUUGACGACUUUGCUUGGACAAGCGACGAGUCGUCUAGUAUACUUCUGGAGCUGAUGAAGGAAUACCCGGCCGUGACUAUGGUUAUUGAUGCAUUGGAUGAAGUUAACUCAGAAGAUCGCCAAGAGCUUAUGAAUAUUCUCGGCGAUUUGCUACGACAGUCGCCCAACCUGCUCAAAAUAUUAGUGUCAAUUAGAGAAAACUACGACAUUGCUCUACAUUUCGAAGGUUCCCCAAACAUUUACAUCGAUGCCCAAGAUAACAGGGGAGAUAUUAAACCAUUCAUCGACGACCGACUGACAGCAGCUAAGCUGCUUCGCGGCCGAUUGGCCGAUAACCUCAGAGAAACAAUCACAGAUAAUCUACUAGAAAAGGCCCACGGCAUGUAAGUAGAUUUGACCCUGUGUACGGUUGUCUCAGAUUGGAGUUGUUAUUUGUAUGUGCAGGUUUCGCUGGCUUGAUUUGCAAAUUCAGUCGCUUUGCCCCCUAAAAGUGCCAGCUGAAUUGAUGCGCGUCUCGGCACUCUGCCGGCCACUCUCAAGGAGUCCUACUGGGGCAUCUAUCAAGAUAUCCUUGAAUCUGGAGAGACGCAACAGACUUGGCCGUAUUUACCUUUCAAUGGGUCAUGUACGCAAAAGUCGGGAUCUCUGAUGAUCGUUUCGCCUCGUUUGCCUCUUGUGCCCUUUCUUCUGAAGGUGUCACCCAGACCUUUACCACAACGGAGGUUAUCGACGUCUGCAUGAACUUGGUGAUUGAUCGCACCGGCGUGCUGGAUUUCGCC